AUGACCGGCAAGAGUACCGACAAUAACAAUAAUAACAACGGUAGCCAACAAAAACAACAACAUAAUGAAUUCUUUGUAGAUGUUCCAUUGUUCCAUUUAAACACUCUUGAAGUAGUGGUUCUGCUACCUGGAGUCAAGGAUCAAACAUCACAACUUAAUCAGAUGCUAGCUUGGAUCAACAAGUACCUGGCUACCAACCUACACACACACAUUUGGUACAAGGAAACUUUCCGAUUACGUCUGGCAUUUAGCAAUGUCACUGGUCCUUACCUCCAUGGAAUUACACACUUUGGCCAAUGCAUUGACGACGAAUGGCUCAUGGUCCAUAUUCUCCUUUCCUUAUCACAAAUAUACCCAGAAGCUUACAUUCGAGUAUCCGAUUCAGAUGGUGAUAUGCUACUAAUAGAAGCUGCAGAGGAACUCCCCGAAUGGAUGGACCCAGAUAAUACCCAAAACAGAGCAUGGCUACGUGAUGGUAAGCUGCUAAUCAUCCCACCACGUUACAAGGGAGAAACUGCACUGAGUAUUGCAGAAGCUCUUGAAUUUAUCGAAUCUGCAGCCCCAGCAUCAUUCGACCAUGGCCAGGCGCUGGACGACCUGGCCCUCGCAAGAGCUCGCAACCCAGCAGUUAGUACCCAUCGUGCCCGGAUCUAUGUCCCACGUAAAGUGGCAGGACUGUUACAUCAAUAUCCAUGGGUAAUUGCGCUUGCCGCACAGCAGUUUGAAGCCGUGGGACCAGAACCACAAGCAUUUGAGCGUGAAACGGCAUGGCUACGGCAUGUCGGAGUUGAAGACAAUUUAAUGGUCCAGUAUACGGCCCAGUUCACACGGCUGGUAUAUGCCAAGUAUGUGCUAGACGAUUCAGGACCGCCACCAUGGUUUGGAGCAUUUGUGACUGGAUCUGAGGAAGUUACUUACGAAGAAAGCAUGCUGGGGACCAAGGUCACAGCUACGUUGGAUUUACUGAUACGAGAGCACGUUGCACGUAAAGAAGAUGAGGUGAUAGGAGAGCUGGUCCAAGAUGAAGAAGCAGAGUUUACACGGUUACUAAAAGAAAGAAAUGUAUCACAGAUGGAGGCCAUGCCAUACACAGCCAACGUGGAAAAGGAGGCACUGGAAGAUAGUUUAUUUCAUGCAAGUUUACGGGCUCUUGGUUUGCCGAGCCCCAUUGAAGAUACUAAUGUGGCCAAAGUGUAUUAUGAGCAAUUAAAGGAGCCGAGCGCUGAGGAAGUUGCCACAUGGGACUCGACUGUGGAUAGUAAUGAGUGGAUGUAUGAGAUGGAGGGAGGGGAUUUACAAGAGGAAGAUGAGGAGGCACGGAUAAAGGAGCAAUUUGAGGGUGUUUUUGGGCAAGUCAAGGAGAUGAUUGAGGAAGAAGAAGAAGAAGAAGAAGAAGAAGAAGAAGAAGAAGAAGAUGAUGAUGAUGAAGAUGAGGAGGAGGAGGAGGAAAGUGACAGCUCGAGUAGCGAAAGCGAAGAGGAAGGAUAUGAUAAGGAUGGGGAUAAGGUUCGGAUAGACGAGGAUGAUUUUUUUGAGUUUUUCUUAAAGGAGGCGCUAAAUCUGACACCGGAGCAAAUUGCAGCGUAUCAGGAGACCCGACAUGAAGGACAACAGGAGUCAUCGAGUGAGAAGAGGGAGAAGAGGGAGAAGAGGGAGAAGAAGAAAGAGGAAGAGGAAGAAGGAUUUGAUUUUGAAGAAGAGGAUUUUGCUGGACUUGAAGAUGAAUUGAAGGAACAUGGGAUUGGUGGUGAAGAACAAGGAGAAAUGGAGAUUGAUGCACUUGCAGAACUUUUAGCACGAAUGGGGGAUCCAGGGAGUUUGGGUGGGCCUGCAGGUGCAUUGUUUGCACAAAUGGGAGCGUCAUCUAGAGGUAAGAGGCGGUGA